AUGCCAGAUGAUAUCGAUGAGGUUGAUAUCCAAAUGAAGUCUGCAGCAGUUGGCAAUGAUUUGGUGUCGAUUCUAAUGCAAGAUUGGGAGCAUAUAGCCAAUAGCUUUGGAGGAGAAAGCAGUAUCGAAACGGGCGAUCUUGUCAUAUCUUAUGUGCGGUUUACUGUCGUAAUGCUUGUUAUGGUUCUGGUGCUUGGGCUCAGUAUUUAUUUUGGAAUCAUUAGUCCCAUCAUGAACAGGCGAGCACGUCUUCGGCGGGCGAUUUCGGUGUCAUUCGUAGACGUCCAGUCCCCAAAACUUAUCCAUCCACUGCUACCGCCACCGGCAAAAACUGCAGAUGAGAACAGUCCACUAGUGACUUCAUCAAAUCCAUAA